CCCACCCGCAUUGGUCGCCGUCGGGAACUUGUUCUAGCUCCGGCAGCCACUUUUCCUUUCUGCAGUAACUUUGCCUGGAAGAUGCGCCAACUCUAAUGUUGCUCUCCUUGAUGCGUGGCUAAAGCUUUGGUGGACUCUUUUCGAAUCUACCAGCCGAGUUAUGGUCGGGAGAUGAUUCUCUACAAGACUCCUGGAUUGUGUGCAUGUUGUUCUUUUUCUCUCUCUCCCUCGGUGCGGUUGGCGCCAGAUCUUCUUAGCAGCGGGAAAAGACAAGCGCAAAGAUUUCUGUCGACCGCCCGAUUACUGGGAUAUAACUCUAUGUGUGUGUUUUGCGAAAAGAGCGGGUUAUUUUCGUUUGCUUGGUGGUGAACAUAGAAGUCGGAGUUGUUCUCGACCUUGCGUUUUGGUGUCUCUGUUUCCACGACUAUAUGUCUAUGUUUUUUUGAAUGGCUGCACGAUGGCUACCGCAACGGUGGUUUACAGGGUGCAGUUUCUGGACGACACCGAUCCUUUCAACAGUACUAAUUUUCCUGAGCCCACCCGUCCGCCCCUCUACUCCUUCAGAGAAGACAUCCCCCUGGUUACUCAACUGGCCGGUGUCCACCGCCUGCUAAAAGCUCCGCAAAAGCUUGAUGAUUGUGCACUGCAAUUGUCUCACAAUGGUACCUACUUGGAUUUGGAAUCUACUCUAGCUGAGCAAAAGGAUGAAUUGGAAGGUUUCCAGGGGGAAUUUGGUAGGGGCAAAAAACACAGCAUAAUUCUGAGAACCCAACUUUCAGUCCGAGUUCAUUCCUGCAUUGAAAAAUUGUACAACUCAAAUGGACGUGAGUUAAGGCGGGCCCUUUUCUCCUUGAAACAGAUAUUUCAAGAUGACAAGGAUUUGGUUCAUGAAUUUGUUGUAGCAGAAGGCCUGGCUUGUUUAAUAAAAGUGGGAGCUGAGGCAGACCAGAACUACCAGAAUUACAUCUUGAGAGCGCUGGGACAAAUUAUGCUAUAUGUUGAUGGGAUGAAUGGAGUAAUAAAUCACAGUGAAACCAUCCAGUGGCUGUACAUACUAAUAGGGUCUAAGUUUCGCCUCGUUGUAAAGACAGCACUAAAAUUGCUCCUUGUUUUCGUGGAGUAUACUGAAUCCAAUUCAUCUCUUCUUAUUGAAGCAGUAGCUACUGUGGAUGCAAAAAGGGAUCUCAAGCCAUGGUCCAGUGUCAUAGAGAUUUUGGAAGAAAAGGAUGGACUUGAUACAGAAUUACUAGUUUAUGCAAUGACUUUAAUAAAUAAGACACUAUCUGGUUUGCCAGAUCAAGAUUCUUUCUAUGAUGUUAUUGACUGUCUAGAAGAGCUUGGGAUGGAAAUUAUUUCCCAGAAGCAUCUGAACAAGAAAGGAUUAGAUUUGGACUUAGUAGAGCAAUUCAACAUUUAUGAGAUGGCAUUGAGACAUGAAGAUGAUGAUGAUAGUGGAGAACCUCUUCUUAUUGCCUGCAAAGACAGAAGAAGGGCCAGUCUUGGUUCCAGUGAAAGAAGAGGGCUGGAACGUAGGAAGAGCAGGAGGCAUUCCAUUCAGAGUGUCAAGAAUACUUUAUCAGCCCCUGCCAGCCCCUUCACUCAUUCAAGCCCUAAUUUCAUGUGUGGCCAUAGACAGAGCACUGAAGAAUAUAGUGAGAAAGAGAAUGCUUACGACAAGGAAGAAGAACAGCCAGUCAUAAAGCCCGGUACAGAGGAUGAGAGGGAGGAAGAGGCUACUGGGCAGAUCAAUGCCAGUGGGUUCUCAGAAAUAAAGAAGGUUAAAUAUGGUCCACAGAAUUCUGAUACUUCAGUCAUCUCAAGUGUUAUUUCUCAGGAUGAAAGGCCUCCCAGGAAUUGUAGAACAAAUAUUUCCAGGAGCUCAUCAUCCCUUAAUUCAGUUGCUUUGCAUCCUUUUUCUCAUCAUUCAUCACUCUCCUCAUCCGUCUUCAAAAUUACUUCCCAAAAUUCAUCAUGUGUUACUUCAAAGGCAUCUCCAAAUACUGAGAAAUUACCUUAUGUACCAUAUAGCCCCUUUCACCUCUUCUCUUAUGACGUUGAAGACCCUCAAACAGCAAUGAAAGAAAAGGAAGCAGAAGAGUUCAGAGAAAACAGGACAUCUUUAGGUGGUCUCCUUACAUCAUCAUAUAGACAACACCAAGAGUCCUUGGCAGUAGAAAGAGAACGGAGACGUCAGGAGAGAGAGGAGAGGCUGCAAAGAAUAGAACGUGAAGAAAGAAAUAAAUUCAAUCAAAAUUAUCUAGAUAAAAGAGAAGAACUGAGACAAGCAAGAGAAGAGAGAUAUAAACACUUGGAAAAAUUGGCAGCUGAAGAAUAUGAAAAGGAGCUGAGAAAUCAAAAUUUAUGUUGGGACAGGAGUGAUUUAUCCUUGAAUUUGGGUGGUUCUUCAGUCUCACCUGUUACCAUUCCCAAGUGUGCCGGCCCAGGUUUAAUAGAUUCACAUGAGAAACCAUCAGCUUGUAUGACUUCUUGCAUAACAUCACAAAUUCUAGAAGUGAGUCCCAGUCAAUCUGAGCCUGAACCCGAGGCCAAGGGAAAAACAAAAUCAGAGCAUGAAGAUGAAGCCAAGUUCAAGCAGGGAACAGAAACAUUCAGAGCAGUAAAAGAUGCAGAGGUAGAGGUGGGUCGAGAGCCAGAGAGAGAAGAAGGUGCAUUAAGUGAAAAAGAGAGGCAAAAUGAAGAUGUGAAUGAAAAAGACAACUGCUCAGCAUCCAGCCUCUCUUCAGCAAGCAGCACUUUAGAGAGGGAAGAACCGGAGCAAAAACUAAGCAAUAAAGAUAAAGCCGGUCCGUGUUUGCAACCCAUACAAGAUGAUGAUGUGAACGACCAAUACAACAACAUCCUCAACAAUAAAUGGUUCAUGCUGGAUAUGUUGUAUGCCCAUAAUAACUUGCCUUUUGCCAAGGAUGAAAGAGUUAAAGAAUUGGAGGCAAAGAUAGAUUUAAAGAAGGUGUUGAAUGCAAGUGAAGAUACUGUUAUCAGCCUAGCCAGCAGGAUUUCAGUCCUACAAACUACUAAGCAGGCCAAAGAUGAAUGUAUAAAAAAAAUGGAGAUUGGAAGUUUGGAAAAUCAAGGCAAUGUGAAGAUCUUUGCAGAAAGAUUCAACAGUGGUGAUGUGGCCAAAAUUUCUAAUUUACCUGAAAAUGAUUUUAAUGAAAAGAUUUCUGAAAAAACACCCCUACAAGUUAAAACAGAAUCUGACUUUAUUUGGGAUCAGCUCUUGGCUAGUCCAAGAAAACUGAAAAUCAAAGAUAUGGAUUUCACAGAUUUAGGAGAUGAAGAUGAUAUUGACAUAUUGGACAUACAGAUCAGUUCUAGUGAUGCCCUAGUUCCUCCUCCACCACCCAUACCUUCUGUUUUAGGUUUUCCUCCUCCACCCCCUCCAUUGCUUUAUAGGUGUCCUUUUCCACCCCCACCUUCUGGUAAUUUAAUGGCUCCAUGUCUAUCAAGCACCCCUCAAGGUUUAGGGUCAUCCCCACUUCCUAGAGAUGAAGCAAACUUUAUAAAAAAGAAGAAAACCAUUCGUCUUUUUUGGAAUGAGGUGAGGCCAUUUGAAUGGCAGGGCAAGGAAAACAGACACUGCAAAGGAUUCCUGUGGUCAAAACUAGAGCCUAUUAGAGUAGACACUGCCAAAUUAGAAUACCUCUUUGAGACUAAAUCCAAGGAUCUUCCUAUCACAAAGAAAACUGCUGCUGAUGGCAAGAGGCAAGAAAUCAUUGUCCUGGAUUCCAAGCGGAGCAAUGCUAUUAAUAUAGGACUGACUGUAUUACCACAUCCAAGGACAAUCAAGGUUGCCAUUUUGAACUUUGAUGAAUAUGCCUUAAAUAAGGAAGGAAUAGAGAAAAUUCUUACAAUGAUUCCCACAGAAGAGGAAAAGCAGAAAAUUCAAGAAGCUCAGUUAGCCAAUCCUGAUAUCCCUCUGGGUACUGCUGAACAGUUCCUACUGACCCUGUCUUCCAUUACUGAGCUCACUCCUAGACUUCAGCUCUGGGCAUUUAAAAUGGAUUAUGAGCUUGUGGAAAAGCUGAAGCACAGUGCACUUGAGCUGGGAUGAGAAUUAUAUCAGGAAAUAACCUUACAUCCAAAUAUCUUAUCAAGUAACUUAACUAUUGCAUCGCAUUGGUUUUCACUUAAUCAUAUCCACAUAAUUAUCAUACCAUCCAACUAACUUAUUGAUCAGCAUAUCUUGGAGUACUGAGUCAAAUGCUUUGUUGAAGUCAAGGUAUAUUACAGUUAGAACGUUCCAAAAUCUGUUAACAAAGUUACCCAGUCAAAACAUUGGAUGAGAUUAGUCUGGCAAGAUUCAAUCAAUCAGUUUGUUACAACCCUAAAGCCAGAUACAAUAAAAUACCUAAUAAAAUAAAACAGAAUAAAAAUAGUAUUAUAAGAAGUUCCAAACUUAAUGGUGUAACAUACUGUACAUAAUGGUAGCACCAAACUGGGAGACUUGGGACAGUAUUUUUGAAUCCAUGUAUAAACAAAGUAACAUUAAGUACAAAUCACAUUCCUUACCUGAAAAUUUCUUCACAAUGAAAGUCUGCCUAGAAUCCUUAUUAGUAGCACAUGGCUUAGAGUUUCUCUUGAGCCAUUUCCACACAGAUAUAAUUUAAGUUACAUAGCAAUAUCCUUAAAACUUCCCAAAAAGAUUCUGAGGACAAUGCAUCCAGCCUGCCUAAAGUGAAGACCUUACAAAAUUUCAGAAUCAUAAUAAAUAGGGGACUGAAGCAAAACCUUUUGGAAGAAUACGGUUGUGUUUGGGGUGUGACACCUUGUUUAAUUUUUUUGGAGAUUACAUUUGUUAUUUGAGGGGCGGUUCUAACAUUAUAAAACCUAAUGGACUUUCCAUAAAGAAGUCCAGUAAAUGAAUUUUUGUCUAGAGAUUUUAUUAAGCCAUGAUGACUUAAAAUGGAGCCAGAUUUAUAGGAAAUAUGAUUAACUUUACCAAAAAGAUAAUAAGAAGAAACCAUUCUCUAGUAUUCAAUAAAUCUUUCCCUACAGAUAAAAUAGCAUUUUAGAUACUUUUUGAAUUACAAUAUUGGUUUGAAUACAUUUAUUUUGAAUAGACUCAACAAUGUUAAGCUUUGCAAAAGGAUAAAUUUGAGAGCCAUAAAGAAUCAGAGGGAGUACCUUAGUUUGAAAGCCUUAUCUUGGAUUACCUGCUAACUUCAAGUAAAAUAAAAAUAAAUUUAAAAAUCAGAUGCAAAAUCAGAACGCUGGAGAGAUUCCUACAGGAACAUUUAUGACAAAGCAAUUCCUUCUUACAGUACAAACUAUUAUCUUAUUAUCAGUUAUAAAAUGCUAUCUGAAAUCUCUGAAAAAAUAUUCUGAGAUCUUUAUUCAAAAAUAUGAAGCUGAAUACACUUAUUUCCAUUAAGGCAUAAUUAUGCAGAAACACCAAGUAGGCCACACACAUAUAAUAAAAGGCAAGUUGUUAAAGUAAAACAAACUGGUGAAACUGUAUUUCAGACAACAUGGAUUGCUCUGUAUCUCUUUGUACAGUCUUAAUAUUGGACUCUGGGAUUACAAGAAAGUAAUUAUAGCAUCUCUAGAAUAACAUACUCACUGUCAAUACAGAGAGUCUGGCAAUAUUUGUUCUUGACAAUCCAGUGACCGCAUUGUUUUCAAGAUAACGCUUACAUCAAUCAUAAGCUGUAGAAACAAUUAGGUGAGUAAGUAUCUAAAUACUAAAGUCAGACUGGGGGGGGGGGUUGUUUUGUUUCUUUUAUCCAACAAUUAUCUGGCACUUCAGUUUUCGAGGAUUUCUAUUGCAUUUACUUAUUUUAUUUAAAACAAAGUAAAAACAUUUAAAAAUGUGAAUAAAAAAGAACAAAAACACAUUUUAUCCCCACCUAGUUAAAUACUGAAAAAUAUAUUGCAACAAUAGCUGCUCCCUUGCAAAACAGGUCCAAAAUUUAUAAGCUUGUACAUCUAUUUACAAUCCAAUUGAUAUGUCAUAAAUUACAUUCAUGAAAAAAAUAGUUAAUAUGUUUAACCUCAAUAAAGUUAAAGUUCAAAGCAAUCUUUAUUAGUUUGUUAUUGUAAUUUACUCAUAGAAAGUCUACAUGGUCUCCUAUUUACCACAAAUCACCUCAGUUAUUAUCUCUGAGUCCAGAGUCAAAUACCCUUGUUCGGUUUUUAAUAGUGAAAUCUUUCUUUAAGUUUUUAAUUGGGAACUUCCCCAACAAUUGCAUCUCAUUUUCAAAGUUCAUAAAUCUUUGUUGUAAAUAUCUUUGCAACAUCCAUUGUUGAAUAAUUCUCCUUGACAGCACAACAUUUCUCUUGCCAAGAAAGUCCAGUCCAUCCUUCAUGAUAUCCAUUAUCGCAGAAUUUCUUAUGUUCGUAUUGUUUUCAACCUUUUGUAGCAGUUCUAUAUCUUUCAAAUCAAACAUUUUCUUCUUCUCAUCUUACAGCAACAGAUCAGAUUCCAAUUCCUCAAAUUGCAAAUUGAGCCCACCUGUUAUUUCCUGCUUUUGAAUACCAUCUUGAAUUUACAGAACUGUUAUUGAUCCAUCAAGUUUUUUGUUUAUGUUUUCAAAUAAAAUCUUAAAGUGGAGAACUUUCUUUUUUCCAUUGCCUCCAAAAUAUUUUGUCUCUUUUUAGAGGCAUGAGAAAGUACAAGAGAAGCAGAUAAGUUGUAAUAGCUUCCACAGGGAAA